AUGGCUUUCGAUACGAAUGUUGAUUUCAGCGAGAGCCGCGGGGCUGAGAUCAAUGCUAUCGGAUGGGUGUUUACGGGGAUUGCGAUUGCGACUGUUGCUUUGAAGAUAUUCUCGCGAGUAGAGAGCAGACGGGCGGGAUGGGAUGACUUUUUCAUCUUCUUUUCAUUGGCUCUCAGUAUCAUUGCUACUGCAUUUGUCUCCUAUUCCGUCACUCUAGGGUUCGGGAGACAUACCGCCGCAGUUGUUGCCGAGCAUGGCAUGGAACGCUACCAGAAGACAGCCUACUGGCAGAUUGUAGCAUUUCCGUUCAACAUUGGCGCUUUUAGCUUUCCAAACAUCUCGAUCUCGAUCUUGAUCGUGGAUCUGCUGGAUCCCAAUGAAUAUCGCAGGUGGUCUCUCUACCUGAUGUCAAUCUUCCAGGUUAUCUUCGCCAUGAUCUCAGUUUUCAUUGUGUUCUUUCAAUGCAAGCCCACUUCAAUGCUUUGGAAUCCUACUGCAGGCGGUACAUGCUGGAGCCCGGAUGUCUUUGACGACUUCUCUUACUGGGUCAGCGCCUAUACAGCAUUGACGGACAUCGUCCUUGCUGUCGUUCCCAUCCGAGUAUUCUGGAAAUUACAAAUGCCCCUCUCUACGAAGAUCAGCGUAUGUAUCAUGAUGGGAUUGACGUUCCUAUCCGCAAUCGUGACUAUCGUGAAGGCAACCUAUCUGCACCUGUUCACCAACCAUACCGACCCAUUGUGGGUUCCUGUUACCUUGGUGAUUUGGGGGCUCAUCGAACAAAACGUCGUCAUCGUCGCCGCUUGUAUCCCAACUCUCCGGCCCUUUUUCCGCAAAACGUUUAAUUCCACAAAGGGCUCCUCUGGCGGAAGCAACUCACAUACCCGCUCGGGGUCCGCAUUUAAACUCGGCAACAUUCCACCCAGGAAAGGUCCUGCGUCUGUCUCCGAGUUUCCUUUGAAGGAUGCGGCGCAGAAAAUUCAAGGCGGGGAAAGCCAUGGUAGUGAAAAUGGAUCGUGGCACGCAAUGGAGCCAUGA